AUGGGCAAUACAGUCUCACAACUCUUCCCACCUAAGCCUAGGUUUACAGGUAAGGAUGUACCGGAUCUGCAAGGAAAGGUAUAUCUGGUGACAGGAUCUAAUACUGGUGUCGGCUUGGAGGUAGCUACUAUAUUGUAUUCUAAAAACGCCAAAGUAGAUAUUGCCGCCCGGCCCAGAGAUAAGUCUUUGAAAGCUAUUGAGCAAAUCAGAAGAGCCAAUCCGGGACCGAAGGGAGGACUGGAGUAUCUAUAUCUGGAUCUGGCCGAUCUGAGUAAGAUCAAAGCCUCUACCGCUGAGUUUCUCGCCAGGGAGAGUCGGUUGGAUGUUCUCUUCAAUAAUGCCGGCGUUUUGCUCAGACAGAAUACCGAGCUGACUAGAACCGCCCAAGGCUACGAGAGCCAUCUCGCAAUCAACAACGUGGGCACCUGUUUGUUUACGAAGCUCCCAACUCCAAAGCUUGCGGCCACCGCGAACGAAGAGGUGCCCGGCACCAUACGAGACGGGGCACGUAUU